CUCCUUCGUUAGUUUCAUCCCAAAGCUCUUAACUUUUCCUUCAUCCAGAAGCGUUGAAACUCUCUUUCUCUCUCCCUCUCUCUCUCCCCCUUUCUCCCUCUGCAUUUCUCUUUCCACCGAUGGUGCUGAUUGAGUCUCAGGAAUCGUUGGUGUCUCUGAUACGUUUGAGACCUGAGAUUUGCUAGUCAAUUAUAUUUUUGAGAAGUUUAGAUCAUUUCCACUGCCAAAAGUUUGGGCACUGCAAAAGGUUUCUUGGCAGUGCCCAAUGGAUGCCACAACAAGCGGAACCCCAACUAUACAAUACCAUCAUAACAUCCCUGACCAGCCAAUCACAACUGCCAUUGUUGUUGCCACACCAAUUCCAACAUUUCAAAGGCAGCAACGCCAUUGCUUCGGGGACGCGUCCCCGGGGGAGUUUCCCUUGUCUGCUAACCCCUCCAUUGUCCUUCAUGUCCUCACAGCAUGUAAUUUGGACCCUCAAGACCUUGCCAAACUAGAGGCAACAUGCUCUUUCUUCAGGCAGCCAGCAAACUUUGCCCCUGAUUUCGAUUUGUCCUUGUCGGAGAUUGCUGCGCUGGACAUGUGUCAAAAGAGAGCCAUAUUUAAGCCAAUGUCCACAGAACAAAGGGAAGAUUUGAAGCGAAGAUGUGGAGGCUCAUGGAAGUUGGUGCUGAGGUAUUUGCAAGCCGGAGAAGCAUGUUGCCGGAGGGAGAAGUCACAGGCAAUAGCAGGUCCUGGUCAUAGCAUUGCUGUGACGUCAAAUGGAGUUGUUUAUUCAUUCGGUUCCAACAGUUCAGGACAACUAGGGCAUGGCACCACUGAGGAGGAAUGGCGGCCUCGGCCGAUAAGAACCUUGCAAGGCAUUCGAAUUAUACAAGCUGCUGCUGGUGCUGGGAGGACCAUGUUGAUAAGCGAUUCGGGGCAAGUUUAUGCAUGUGGCAAAGAUUCUUUUGGGGAAGCUGAGUAUGGAGGUCAAGGGUCUAAAAUGGUUACAGCUCCACAAUUAGUAGAGUCUUUGAGAAACAUAUUUGUUGUACAGGCUGCAAUUGGGAAUUUCUUCACAGCUGUGUUAUCAAGAGAAGGAAGGGUUUAUACGUUUUCUUGGGGUAGUGAUGGAAAACUUGGACACCACACCGAUCAAAGUGAUGUGGAACCCCAUCCUUUAUUAGGAGCUCUGGAAGAUAUUCCAGUGGUGCAAAUUGCUGCUGGAUAUUGCUACCUUCUUUGUCUGGCUUGUCAACCUAGUGGAAUGUCUGUAUACUCGGUUGGUUGUGGCCUGGGAGGCAAGCUUGGACACGGUUCAAGAACUGAUGAGAAGUACCCUCGGUUGAUCGAACAGUUCCAGUUGUUAAACCUUCAACCAAUGGUGGUUGCUGCUGGUGCAUGGCAUGCUGCUGUUGUAGGACGGGAUGGCCGAGUGUGCACAUGGGGAUGGGGCCGUUAUGGUUGCUUGGGGCAUGGGAAUGAAGAAUGUGAAUCAGCACCUAAGGUUGUGGAAGCAUUGAGUAAUGUCAAAGCUGUUCAUGUUGCAACAGGAGAUUACACAACCUUUGUAGUGUCUGAUGAUGGUGAUGUGUAUUCAUUUGGCUGUGGGGAAUCUGCUAGUCUUGGACACAAUGCUGGAAUCGACGAACAGGGCAACAGACAUGCAAAUGUGUUGAGUCCAGAGCUCGUAACAUCGCUGAAACAGAUCAAUGAAAGGGUGGUACAAAUUAGCUUGACGAAUUCCAUAUAUUGGAAUGCUCACACCUUUGCCCUAACCGAAUCUGGAAAGCUGUACGCAUUUGGGGCCGGAGACAAAGGACAGCUAGGAAUUGAGCUUGUUGCAAACCAAACCGAAAGGGGAAAUCCGGAAAGGGUCGACAUUGAUCUUGGUUAAAUUGUUUGUGCCUGCACCACUAGUUUUCAAAUUCUUUUGAAUCAUGCCAUUCUCUAAUUUAUGGUAACCAUGCACAGGUUUAGUGUUUAAGUUUCAGUUUCUACUUUGUAAAUAUAAUCAAAGAAUGCACUCAGAAGGUCCAAAGUAGGUAAACAACUAACAAGGGCCUUUAACUUAUGUUUUAUGGGUUGUUGAUAUUUCUCGUAGGAUUGUUCUGCACGUUGAUAGAUGAUACAUUUGUGAAGGUUUAUUUUCAGUGUUA